GCCGGGCCGGGCCGGGUCGCCGGGCUUUGCGGAGCGGCGAUGGCGGCGGGGGCCGGGGGCGCGGGGGCCGGGGCCGACGGCAAGCCCCGCACCUCCCCGAAGUCCGUCAAGUUCCUGUUCGGGGGCCUGGCCGGCAUGGGGGCCACCGUGUUCGUGCAGCCCCUGGAUCUGGUGAAGAACCGGAUGCAGCUGAGCGGCCAGGGGGGCAAGAGCCGUGAGUACCGGACCAGCUUCCACGCCCUGACCAGCAUCCUGCGAGCCGAGGGCCUCAGGGGCAUCUACACCGGGUUGUCGGCCGGCCUUCUGCGCCAGGCCACGUACACCACGACGCGAUUGGGCAUCUACACGGUGCUGUUCGAGCGGCUGACGGGCACGGACGGCACGCCCCCCGGCUUCCUGCUCAAGGCCGUCAUCGGCAUGACGGCCGGGGCCACCGGCGCCUUCGUGGGCACCCCCGCCGAGGUCGCCCUCAUCCGCAUGACGGCCGACGGACGGCUGCCGGCGGCAGAACGGCGCGGCUACCGGAAUGUGUUUGACGCCCUGAUCCGGAUCGUCCGGGAGGAAGGAGUCUUUACCCUCUGGAGGGGCUGCAUCCCCACCAUGGCCCGAGCCGUCGUGGUCAACGCCGCCCAACUGGCCUCCUACUCCCAAUCGAAGCAGUUCCUACUGGACUCAGGCUAUUUCUCCGACAACAUCCUGUGCCAUUUCUGCGCCAGCAUGAUCAGCGGCCUGGUCACCACGGCUGCCUCUAUGCCUGUAGACAUCGUCAAGACCAGGAUCCAGAACAUGAGAAUGAUUGACGGGAAGCCAGAAUACAAGAACGGACUGGACGUUCUGGCCAAGGUGAUCCGCUACGAGGGCUUCUUCAGCCUGUGGAAGGGUUUCACUCCGUACUACGCGCGCCUGGGCCCUCACACCGUCCUCACCUUCAUCUUCCUGGAGCAGAUGAACAAGAUGUACAAGACGCUCUUCCUCAGCGGCUGAGCCCCGGGGGCGGGGCUGACCCCCACGGGGGUGGGUGGGGCUGACCUAGGGGGCCCGGGGUGGGGGAGGGUCCUGAGGAGGACAGGGCCGGGGAAGGGUGAGCCUGGCCUUCCCCCACCCUCUGCCCCUCUUAUCCUGGGCCUCGGACUCUGCUCCCCCCAGGCCCCGCCCCUAUCGCCCUAUUUAUUACUCCUGCUUGCCCCUCCUGCCCCCCCCUCAACCCCCACCCCGGCCUGGGCUCCUUCCCUAUAAAGGACCUUGGUCACACCCGGCCCAGCCUCCACCUCUAUUCCCUCUUCCCAACACACAGACUUCUCUCCUCAGCCCCAUGUGACCUCUACCCUUUGACCUCCUCAGACUCCAAAUUGUGCCAGGAGUGGGGUGAAGAGAAAGGAGUAGCCAGAGGUGCUUGGGACAGAGGUCUGGUUUCCUUGGAGGGGGAGAGGAGGGGCUGAAGACGAGCCCGCUGUACUAGCCACCUGAGGGAGCAGGAACAUGCCUGGGCCACGGCACUGGUCCUGGGCCCUACCCUGCCCUCCACCCCCCUCGACAGAGUCCGUCCAUCCCAUUCCCGUCCCCCACUGAGCCAGGCUUCCCUAGCCUAGCUACUGUCAUCCAGCUGGGGUCCAUCCAUCAGUGGUAUUUAUUGAGCGCUUACUAGGUUGAAGAGCACUGUGCUAAGCGCCCGGGAGAACCCAGUACAACUGAGAGGGUAGGAACGUUCCCUGCCCACAAGGAGCUUACCGUCUAUGAGGGGAGAUGGGCAUUAAAAUUUAAAUCCGAUUUCAAUGCGUCCCCUAUCCCGAGUGAACCCUCCACCGAUAUUUCUGAUGAAAUGAGAUUUCUUUUAAUCUAAUCAA